GCUAGCUGCAGCUUUAUAUAAUCUUUUCUUCACCUCCACCUUUUGAUAUUUUCUUUCCGAGCGGUGAUUGCAGAGCAUCACGACAAUGUCAAUUGACGAUAAAGAAACCCCUGAAGUCGUUGGCAGCGCCAUCGAAAGCAACGAUGAUGUUGACAAGAAAGGGACCGCGGCCGACCGCGCGGACAUGUACCGCAUGGGCAAAACGCAAGAAAUGAGAAGAAACUUUCGCUUUCUGUCCAUAUUUGGGUUUUCCAUGAUUCUCAUGGCGUCGUGGGAGUUUUCUCUGAGUGUCUCUACCAUCGGACUUGUGAACGGCGGCACUGCCGGCCUCAUCUGGAUGUUCUUUAUCUGUUGGAUCGGCUUCCUCUUGGUGAACACUUCUAUGGCUGAGAUGGCUUCAAUGGCUCCCACAACUGGAGGACAGUACCACUGGGUAUCCGAAUUUGCGCCUCCGCAGUACCAAAAGUUCAUCAGCUACCUCAUGGGAUGGAUGUGUGUGCUUGGCUGGCAGACGUCAUGCGCUUCGUCGGCGUUUAUUGCCGGCACGCAAAUCCAGGGGCUCGUCGUGCUGAACUAUCCCGACUAUAACCCCCAGCCUUGGCACGGCACCCUCAUCACCAUUGCCGUUGCUGCCUUCUCUGUGCUCUUCAAUACCGUGCUUGCGAGAAAGCUGCCGAUCAUCGAGGCUCUCAUCCUUGUGAUUCAUGUCUUUGCCUUCUUCGCCAUCCUCGUCACCCUCUGGGUUCUUUCUCCAAGGGCAGACGCAAAGGCUGUCUUCACUGAGUUUAGCGACGGCGGAGGCUGGAACAGCCUGGGAGGCUCAGCUCUCGUGGGAAUCCUUGCUGGUAUCCUGCCUCUUCUGGGCGCAGAUGCUGCCGUACACAUGUCCGAGGAGCUGCGCGAUGCUGGCCGCUCGUUGCCGCAGUCCAUGAUAUUGACUACAGUCUUCAAUGGUGCUUUCGGAUGGAUCAUGGUCAUAACGUUUUGCUUCUGCUUGGGGGACCUUGGAGAGGUUAUUGAGUCUCCAACGGGAUACCCAUUCAUGCAGGUCUUCUACAACUCCACACAAUCGACGAGCAGUGCGACUGCAAUGUCAGUCUUCAUUGUUGCCAUGACAGUCUUCUCCAACCUAACCAUGGUGGCUACCUCAUCGCGCCAGCUCUAUGCAUUUGCACGAGACCAAGCUGUUCCCUUUAGCUCUUGGUUCUCCAAGAUAAGAGCAGGGUGGGAUGUGCCCCUCAAUGCCAUUAUCACGACUUUCCUUGUUUCAGCGCUGCUCUCCCUCAUUAACAUUGGUUCAGCUGUAGCCCUGAAUUCCAUCACUUCUUUGGCAACUGUAUCGCUUCUGUCCAGCUACAUCGUCUCAACUGGCUGCAUGAUCUGGCGACGAUGGACGAAGAAUACGCUUCUGCCGUCCAAGUUCAGCCUCGGACGAUGGGGCCUCGCGGUAAACAUUGCUUCCGAAGCCUUCCUCGUCCUCAUUUUCGUUUUGUCAUUUAUGCCCGGCAACCCCAAUCCGACAGCAGCUCAGAUGAAUUGGAAUAUUGUAAUUUAUGGCGGCGUUACAAUAUUCUCGUUGGCAUACUACUUUUUCCGUGGAAAUCGCCGUUAUGACGGUCCAGUCACCUACGUCAGAACGCUUGAUCAGUAUGAGGCAAGGGAUCAUGAGUAUGAUGCAAGAGAUCAGUACGAAGCAAGGUAAUCAGUCGUGUCUACGUCAGAUGCUUUACAAGCCCUUACGCAUUAUCGAAUUUGUAUACAGUAUUAAGCAAAGGAAUAAUAAACACUUCAU